AUGUCUGUUUUUGCUUUUAAACAAACAUCAGGUGGAUUUAUUUUUGAUAAUUGUCAACGAAAUGAACUCCUACUAAGUAAUGGUGUAUUGCCAGGCAAUGUACGAAAAACAGGCACAACAAUUGCUGCUAUAAAAUAUAAAGAUGGUGUAGUAAUUGGUGCUGAUAGUCGAUCUACAGCAGGACAUAUAAUACAUGAUGAGAAUGUAUUAAAAAUUCAUCGUUUAUCUGAUAAUAUUUAUGCACUUGGAGCAGGAACAGCAGCUGAUUGUGAUUUUCAAGCACGUAUACUUGAAUCUAAACUUGAAUUACUUAGAUUAAAUCAAGACCGACAAGUUAGAGUCGCGACUGCUGUUAGAAUGUUACAACAACAUUUAUAUAGAUAUAAAGGUUAUAUUGGUGCAUAUUUAAUCAUUGUUGGUGUUGAUGUAACUGGCUCUCAUAUAGCUGCAAUUGAACCUUAUGGUACCGCCUCUCACAUGCCCUAUAUUGCUUCUGGUUCUGGUGGAUAUACAUCAUUAUCUGUUAUUGAAGAUCGUUUUAAACAACAUAUGAAUGAAAAUGAAGCAAAACAAUUAGUACGUGAUGCUCUUUAUGCUUCGAUAACAACUGAUUUAUAUUCUGGUAGUAAAAUUAAUAUGUAUGUAUUAACAAAAGAGAAGUUAGAUAAAUUUUUACCAUAUGAAAUUGUUGCUGUUCGUGGUGAUAGACAAAUUGAUUAUACAUUGGAAAAAGGAGUAAAAGUAUUAUCAACGAAUGUGAAAAAAAUUGAAUUUGAUAUUGUUAAUGAAAAAGUAAAACAAAAAAAUAAUGAAUCAGAUGAAGCUAUGGAACUUGCAUAA